AAAGAGAGAGCAAAAACUCUCAUUCCUAACUUGUGAACCAAUGAAGCAGUUGAACUAAAACCUUUUCCAAAAAGAACAACAACCUCUUUCAAGUGAACCCUUUAAACCAAACCCAAAAAGUCACACACUUUAUUCCAAUCUCAUUAAUAAUUGUUAAAGUUUUGAUUAAUUAUAGCCAUUAAGCAAUGGGAACAGAAGACUUCAGCUUCCCUAGAAUUAAUGACACUUGGUCAUAUAGCAUUGAUUCACCUCCUCUUUGGAAUCCAUCAUCACCAUGUUCUUCUUCUAAUAAUUCCAACAAAGUCCUAAGUGAAGGAAAGAAAAAAGAUUGCUUUGAAGAAAAUUUGGUCUAUAAGGGCCAAAGGAAGAGCUUUUCAUCUAUCCAAAAUGGAAAUAAAACAACAAGAGUAUUAGAAGAUGAGAAUGAGGAUGUUCCAAUGGAUUUAUUGUGGGAGGUUUUCAAUGAAGAGGUUGUUGAGUUCACAUGUGCUACUACAACUUUAACAAUUUCUAAUACCAAAAAUGCCCUUGUUCAAACCAAGAAUAAGCCUAGUAUGGUGGUGAUUUUGAAGGUUUUAAAGAAAUUUUUUUCCAUCAACAAUUCUCAAGGUAGAAACAGAAGGAGAAUACUCUAAUUCUCUAUAAGUUGUUUUUGUGAUCAAGCUAUUGCCUUUUGGGUAAGUGUACUUAUUCAUGUUUGCUUUUAUACAGAAAAAAAUUGUUUUGUUAAUUAAUAGAAGUUUAGAAUUGUUUUUAUAAAUAAUUUGUCUUGUUAAUUAGGAAUUUAGAAUAAUUAUUCUAUGAGGAGCUUAGUGAGAUAAGUGGAUUAUUCUGCCUUUUCCAAUACAAAAGUGCAUAUGUAAAAGUAAAUGGAUAUUUAUAUAGUGAAUAUUUAUUUGAUUCAUUCAAGUUUAAUAUAUAUGUACCUUUUAUAUUAAGGAACAACACUUUUCUCUUGUUC